AUGGCGAUGACGAUGACCGGCCGUGUGCUGCUGGUGUGUGCCCUCUGCGUGCUGUGGUGCGUUGCCGGCGGUGUUUAUGCGAGGGACGUUGACACCAACGCACUGGGUGGCUGCAUGGCGUCGGGAAUGUUGGGUGAGAAUGGAUCCCACAUGCCUGACGGAUGCAAUAAAACCGCUAUUACGGUGCGUUUGCGGUCAGUACUGCCCAUCGCUGCCGUUGAAGCAGCAAAUGAGGAAGUAAGUGAUACUUCUCAGCAUGCGAAUAAUUCAGGUUCUGAUACAAAUACAGGUUCUGGUGGGGAGGGGGGCGGUUCUGCUGCUGGCGCUGGAGGUCCUUCUGCUUCUCCUGCUCCUCCUCCUACUGGAGGUACAGAGGGUUCUGUUGGUGCUGGAGACAGUUCUGUUUCUGGAGGAAGCAGUGGGAAUUCUACUGGCGGUCACGUCACCGGUGGCGUUUCUUCUGAUUCAUCUGAAAGUCCUUCAGGUCUUCCUGCUGAUUCUCCUGGUGUUGACCCUUCAGCUAGCAGCAGUGGUGGUACAGCGGGGUCCCCAGGCACUAAUCCAUCUAACACAACAGGGGACUCUUCAACAGGAGAUCAGACGUCUGCUGCAUCAGCAGCGGCUCACAACUCCUCGCUACCCGAAGGACCUGCAGGGACGACAUCCGGCACUGGACAAAAAGAAGAAGAGGAAGAAGAGGAAGAGAAUGAACAGCAGCAGCAGAGUGAUGAAACACAAGUCCAACAACAUCAACAGCAUGAACACCCCGCGGAAAGUGGCGAAGAAUCCGCGAAAGAUAAAAACGCCCUUCUUACAAAUGCCACCGCAAAUACAGGCGACAGUGACGGCAGCACCGCGGUCUCCCACGCCACCUCCCCCCUUUUGCCUCUUCUUCUUGGUGUUGCGUGUGCGGCUGCUGCUGCGGUGGUGGCCGCGUGA